AUGGUGGAGGAGCCGACGACGACGCGUUCGGGACGCGUAAUAACACCUUCAACAAGGGUCCGAGAGGCCUCGGGCAGCGACAUUAUCAGCGCGGUCAGAACGUCCAAGAAAUCAAUGACCCAAGUGGAAUUAACAGCGGUAAAGAAAGCUGCUGGCCUUAUUGAGGAGAAACAGAGUGGCAAAGAUGGAAGCAGGGAUAUGCUUAAAAAGAUAGGCCAAUACCUGGCAAGCACCUAUCAAGAGGUCAAAGGACUGAAAGAAAUCAUUAUUGAACAAGGAAAAAUGAUUAAGGAGCAGUCCGAAAUGAUUCGAGCACAGAGCAGUACAAUUCAAGCACUGCAGACCCAAGUGGAAGCAAUUGAAAGCCAAUCUAUAGAAGAAUGCAAGCAACUCUGGGAGCAGCUGAACACUAUCGCAAGUACUCCAGCUAAGGCAACAUACGCAACGGUAGUUGACAGACAUUCCGGUCAUCAACAGGAUACAGAGUUUGCGCCCCUAGCCCGACCUACAUUAGCCAACACGCUAUUCUGCACAAUCGACACGUCUCGGGUCGGGGAAGAAGACAAAGCGAGAACCCAGAUAGCCAGUAUCAGACAACAGAUUGAGAGAGAGAUGGGUGGGAAUGAGGAAACACAAAACUGGCGUUGUGCAGCAAUGGUUAAGGACCCUAAAAAUGCAGACCGGAUCAAAGUAAUUUGCAGACAUGAAGAGGAGAUCCAACAGGUUAAAGAAGCCGCCCAAAAGAUUGAUAUACCAGGAAUAAGAGUCCUACGAGACCAGCUAUACCCAGUCAAAAUCGACAAUGCCAACCGGACAGCAGUCCUGGAUGCGGAUGGAAAUAUCCUCCCAGGGGCAGCCGAGGUACUAGGAAAAGAGAACAAUGUCAGUAUUGCUAAGAUCUCGUGGCUCAGCAAGAAAGACUCCAACAAAGCAUACGGAUCAAUGGUGGUGUAUAUCACAAAAGGGACUGAUGCCAAACGUUUGAUAGACGGCAACUACUUUGAUAUAGCAGGAGAAUCUGCGUACACUCAAAUCUUUGAACCACGGAUGGGACCGGUUUAA